UGCUAGCAAGCAGAAGUCACUCAUUUCAUGUGUUGUAAAGCAAUACAGAUGUUCAGAAAUGCAUGCCAUCUAUGAAGAUAUGAGUCUUGAACUGGACAAAAUGGACAGUAGGGAAAACUAUCAUUCUCCAACAGAAACAGGGGAUGAUGUUUAUGUGAAUACGGAAGACUGCAGAUCAAAGCUGAAAAAAUCCACAGCUUCAUCUGGUUGCAAGGUCGUCAUAUUUGCUCUUGGUCUUCUACUGCUUGGAGCUUCAGCAUCACUCUGUGCUGUAGGGAUCUUGUAUCACAGUAAAGUUGUUUCCACUGAGAUAUUAAGGGAGAGACAUGACAAUGCUACAUCCGAACUGAUGGUGCUAAAAGACAAUGCCACUGAGACAGAAAGAUUGUAUGAAGAACUGCAGACAAAGCAUCAUGAGUUUGUCUCUGCAUGCAGUAAGACAGAACAACUGAAAGAAAUGCUGAAGGCGAAAUAUCAGCAAGUUCAUGAACGUCUCUCUGCAUGCAGUGCAAAACAAACCUGUACACUUUGUGAGGAAGGAUGGAAGUCUCUUGGUUUAAAGUGUUACUAUUUCUCCACUGAUAAACUGAACUGGACACAGAGUCGAGAUUACUGUGUGGAGAAAGGAGGCCACCUGGUCAUUAUAACCAACCAACCUGAACAGGAUUUUGUAGUUUCACAAAUUGGAGAAACACACUGGAUUGGCUUGCAUGACUUGGAGACUGAGGGACAGUGGAUGUGGGUGAACAACCAGCCCUUAAACGAGACGCGUGUAACGUUCUGGUAUAGUGCUCCAGGGAGACCAGAUGAGCCUGAUAACUGGAAAGAGGAGGACCCUGCUGGAGAGAAUUGUGCUGCUCUGGGUCAUGAGAACGGUGACAAAGAUAAAUGGUUGGAUGCUUCUUGCCGUAAGCUGAAACAGUUCAUCUGUGAAAAAUAAAAUACCACUCUUUCACUCGCAUUUGUGUAAAUAUCAGCUUUACAUUUACAUAUACGGUAACCAAUUUUUGGAUAAGAGCAAUCUUUUACAUACUCUGUAAUAUUUGACCUUCUAAAAGGACUUAGAUUUCGGUCCGGCAGGUUAGGUUUUAUGAGAGAAUUUAUUUUUUAGGCUUUUCUCCUGCUGUCUUGUAGGCAUUUCAGCAUUUGACAGUAGCUUUACUUUUAUGAAUAUAUAUAUAAGUUUAUUUCCUUAUACACAUAUUAAAGACAAGGCCACUGGACAAUUAUAACCUUGAAGAUGUUUUUAGUGACUUAUCAGAGGUUCCGCAUCAGUUCAGCUGAGUAGUGUGAAAGACCAGCUGUCUUGACCUACUUCUACGGGACAUUUUAAAAUUAUCUUGAUGCCUGAAAAUCGUCAUUAGAACUGUAUUUUUUAUAUUCUAUUUUUGGAUUCAACAAAUACCGCAUAUAGCCUGGGCAAAUUACAGGAAAAGUUGAUUCAAUAGAAGAAGUUCAGUGUCAUAGCUGCAAACCCGUCACCUUUCGACAAAAUUUGCCAUUCUGAUAUUUAAACUGGCAUGUGAAUAAAAUCUGUUGUUUUUAAAGAAAUUUUGUUGUUGCAGUUCAGGAAAGUGUUUUUACAUUAACAAACCCAAGCGCUAAACAACAUUAAACUAGGGAAUGUGACAGUUGCUGAAGUUUAGUGAAAAUCCAAAACGAUAUCGUAUAUUCGAUAGCAAACAUUACAUAUACGACUCUUCAUACUUUAAAGCAGAAAAAAUGCCAACUUAUUGAUGACUUCAGUUAUUUCAUUUUUUAAUUCGACUUCACUGAUUAAAGCGCUAUUGCUAGGCAGUUAGCUCCUUAGCUAUGUAAUAAUUAAUGAGAUCCACAGACACUGGUGUUGUUUCAAAACCAUGCUGCAUGCUGUGUAUUAAUGCUAUGAAUAUUUACUGAUAAUUGAGUAGUGUGUAUUUUAUGUUAGCUAAAACUGGAUGUAAUGUUCAGUUGCAUUGAAUUAAUAACAAAUUUAGAUGGCCUGAAAAUAUAAUGUAAAAUAUAAUAUAAUGUUUUUUUUUGUUUGUUUUACUAUCGCACCAUUCCAGUUCCGGUGUAGGCAUAUUGGGUUAAACAGGGUAACAGAGGAUGGGUAAUAAUAAUGAGUAAUAGGAACAGCCUUACACUGCAGUAUUUAAUGUAGUAUUGGGUUUGACUGAGCAGUUGUAAUAAGGCAAUAAUGUGUCAGUCAGGUUAAACAAGUGCUAAGACAUGACUCUUUAACCUGAAAAUCACUGCAGAUGUUCAUUUUCAAAAUAUUGGCCACUAGAUGGCACUAAUCCUGCACAACUUAUCCUGCAUAUAUAUUUAAUAUUCUUUUGUCAAAAUUCUAAAACCUUUUGAACCCCAUGACAUACAUUAUUUAAAAUAAAGCUAUUUUGUAAAAUUCUCUAAGCUCAUACCACAGAUUUUUAACCUAUCGGUAUAUGUAAAUAAUUGCCCCCACUUGUUAAUUACCCCGAUUUAGUACUUUUGUCCUAUAUGCUGGCACCUUAAAAAUGUAUUUUAUUUUAUUUUAUUUUAUUUUAUUUUAUUUUAUUUUAUUUUAUUUUAUUUUAUUUUAUUUUUCAUUUUAUUUUAUUUUAUUUUAUUUUAUUUUAUUUUAUUUUAAAUGCUUCUUACAUUUUUUAUCUUGAUGUUUUGGCAUUAUUGUUUGCUAACAAUCAGGCCAAUAAAGAGAGACAGAUCUGACAGCGUGUGAACUUGAUGGAGCGCGCGUUGACAGUCUGUUUCUGUUAAGCAUUUUUUUGGUGGACGAAAAAAGCUGAAUAAACGCAAACUCAAAUCUCACUUAUCACUCUGCUUGUCUCCGAUCCCAUGUGAACUUUACUUAGUGCAUGUUGCCAAUAGUGUUUAUAUAAGCUGUGACAGUUUUCAGAGAUUUUCUUUUAAUUUAAAAAUCAGAAUUUAAGUGCAACUGAAUUUGCUUAUCAACCUCUUUAAUAUCACACACAUCAUGUAUGAUAUAUACAAUGAUCACACUCAAGUUUACUAUUAACUUUAUAUAAUAUUCUGUUUGGCUGGGGCCUUUCUGUGUGGAGUUUGCAUGUUCUCGCGUGCCUGUGUGGGUUUACUCCGGGUACACCGGUUUCCUCCCACAGUCCAAGAACAUGUACAUUAGGUUGAUCGGUGAUUCUAAAUUGCCCAUAAGUGUGAGUGUGUGUGGUUGUUCGUCUAUGUGUGGCCCUGCAAUGGACUGGCGACCUGUCCAGGGUGUACCCCUGCCUUUCGCCCUAUGUGCGCUGGGAUAGGCUCCAGCAGACUCCCGUGACCCUAGGAAUCCUAGAAAUAAGCGGGUAUAGACAAUGAAUGAAUGAAUGAAUAUUGUGUUUGCUUAUUUUGUUAUUCUGUAAAUGACUGACUUUUUUCAUUGUGGUUAAUGAGUUAAAAGCAAACUUAAUGCUAAGCAAUUAUUUUUAAAAGCAUAAUAUGACCUGUAAUGUUUCGUGAUUAAGCAAAGAAAUAAACUGACUUUUUAUUCUAUUUUCCAGGACGGGAAUAGGAACAGGCACCUGGAGUCUUUAUGUUAAACAGAUUUUUUAAGUGGAUUGAAUAAACACUUGUCUCUAAUGCCAUACGAACUUUACUGAGUGCUUGUUGUCACUCAGUGUUUAUAUAGGCUGUGACAGUUUACUACGUUUCACCAAAUUCGAGUGCAAUUUAAAUUAUCUUCAAUAUCACACACAUCAUGUACAACCUAUUUAAGUUUAAUAUAAAGGUAAUAUAAUAAGAUGUUUGCUUAUUUCAUUAUUUUGUAAAUGUGUGACUGUUUUUUUCUUUUAUUGUGGUUAAUGUGGUUAACUAAACAGCUUCCGCUGACUUAAAAAAAACCUUGUAAAAUUCGUAAACUCGCUUCGCUUGGCUUCGCUUGGCUUUCCAUUGAUGCAAACAAGUUUUGAAUGCCUCCCGGACGUACGUGCAACCUAGUGUUUGGUUCAGUUCAUUCGUAUGUCAGAAAUGCUUUGUAUGCUGAUGCAAAAAUUCUUACAAAAUUUCAAUCCAUAAGCCAAAAUUGGUAAGGGAAAUAAAUCUGUAUGCUGAGGUUCCACUCUACGUACACUACUCACAAAAAGUUAAGGAUAUUUGGCUUUUGUAAAACAUUUGAAAAUGUAAAAACGCUACAGUGAUAUUAUAUCAUGAAAGUAGGGCAUUUAAGUAGAAAAAUGCAAUGGUGAUUUCCUCAUCUCAAACUAUUUAUUGAAACAAAAGCCAACAACAGUGGUGGGUAUACCACAACAAAAAAUGUCAAUAUCUCAUUAAUUUGUCAUGUGCCCUUGACCAUCAAUUACAGCUUAACAACGACGUCUCAUGAUGUUCAGGAGUCAACUCAUCAUCUGCUGAGGCAUGCCAUUCUUCUUGAAGGGCGGCCCUCAGGUCAUUGAGGUUCUGGGGUGCAGGGUUACGAGCCUCUACACGGCGACUCAGCUGAUCCCAUAGGUUUUCUAUGGGAUUCAGGUCUGGAGAAAGUGCAGGCCACUCCAUCUGAGGUACCCCAGCCUCCAGCAGCUGUUCCCUAAUGAUGCGACCUCGAUGAGCAGGAGCAUUGUCGUCCAUGAAGAUGAAAUUAGGCCUGUGUUGUUCAUGCAGGGGCACAAUGACUGGAUUAAUGAUGUUAUUCAGGUAGUAUUGGCUUGUCACUGUACCAUUCACAAGAUGUAGGGCAGUUCUGUAUUGAGUAGACACACCUGCCCAGACUGUAACACCACCACAACAGUGGCUUUUUUGUUCUCAUUUGAUGAUAAUGGUUGUUAUCUUUGUAAUGGUGUCUCUAUUUACCUUAUCGUUGUGGUAUGGUUCUGGAAUAAAUGUGUUCGUCCUGCUAGCUUAGAGUUUGCUAAUUUGCUUACAUUGUUAAUUAUACCUGUUAACUCUUUGCUAGUCUGGCUUUAGCUCUGUUAGUAUAUUGUUUGUUAGCUUUGCUAACUAUGCUAAUUGUGCUAGCCUGUGGGAAAACCUUACUAGCCCUGGUAACUUUGUCAUCCUUGUGUGUUUUCCUAGCUCAUGUGGUUUUGAGAACAGCUAAGAAUGUGCACGCACCUACAUUCCACCAUGUAGUUGUGCUGGCUGUUUAGACACCCUAGGUUAUAGGGCAGGUGCCACCCCCUGUAUUUUUGGGUUAGCUUAUAUCAGUGUAGUUAGGUAAGCACUGUUGCUAUUAGAUAGGCUAGCUGCUAAAAUACAGCCUAGGGUAGUCUUCAGUUUUCUUACAUUCGUUUCUUUGGGACUGCCCAUGUUCUCUUACCUUGUGAGUCUAGACCCCUGUUUGUUUGUUUUUUUUUUUUAUUUUUGUGUCCGGUGUCUUGUUGUUGUGGUACAAUAAAAGUAAAAUGCCAUCUUCCAACCUAUUUUGUUCCAUCUCCACUACACUCCUGCACCAACCAACUACUGUUACUGUUCCUGCACCCCUCCUAGAUACGAGCCCCAGUGUGGGAACGUAACACCAGACUGGAGCUCUGUGCUGCAUGCAGUAGAUUGCUGGAUUGAGAGCUUACCCUGCCAAUCAGCUGAACUACCAUCUGGACCGACUCAACCACGGUCUUGUCCUGGUUACACUCCGAGUCCUGCAAAUUUAAGGUUUUCUUUGGCACUCGAGUGGCAGAAAUUCAGGAGCUCACUGAUCAACUUUCAUGGCGAUAUGUUAACUCAACAGAAAAUCUUGCAGAUGACCUCACCAAAGUUAAGAAGGUAGAAGAGCUGGCUGAGCUGAACCAGUGGAGCCAUGGGCCACACUUUCUUCUUCAAAGCCCAGCUAAAUGGCUGACCUCACCAGCAACAGUAGUGGAUGAGUGUCACUCAGAACUUCACAAGUCUUCGGAUGUGCAUCAGUACACCACUUGGAGGGAACUUGUAGAGGCAACCGUACAAAAGCUUCAUGGGGCGGCAGGUAACAGAGGAGCUCUUAGCGCUGAUGAUUAAAGUACAGCUGAGAUUCUUAUAUUGAGAAGGGCCCAACAGGAUAGCUUCACAGAAGAGUUCAGCCUACUGCAAAAUGCGAAAACAGUCCAACAAAAUAGCCGUCUACUUAUGCUCUCUUGAGAGCUGGAUAAGACAUGUGAACUCAUUAGGGUUGGUGGCAGAUUGCGCCAAUCUGAAGACUUCGACCCAGCUGCUGUGCA